GAGAAGUGAAUGAGUCUGGAGUCCUGGUUUUUAUGAAGUCAAAAUCCAGAGGCAUGUUAUGUUCUCUUUUCUGUGUCUCUACCAAACAUCAAUCCCAGGAAAAAAGGGUAAUUUGAGGUUUCCAGUUUCCAGACAAACCCAGAGACAUGAAAUUCUGUUGCUGUUUCUCGUAUUGUUUUCCCCAGCCAUCAGAAACAUCCAUAAUCGACGUGAACAAACAGGAACCUCAAGGAGAAAAUGAUGAGAAUUUUACAGUCUUCUCUUACCGUGAGCUAAGGCUUGCCACUCGUGGAUUCUCUGCUUCAAACAAGAUCGGAAAAGGUGCCUUCGGUUGCGUCUACAAGGGCUUCCUUGCAAACGGUUCUGUUGUAGCUGUAAAAAUGCUUUCGGUCGAACUCGAAUCGAUGCGUGGGGAAAGGGAGUUCGUGUCUGAAAUUUCUACACUUACAAACCUCAAACAUGAAAACCUUGUUACACUUAAGGGAUGCUGUGUUGAUGGAACUAAAAGGUUCUUGGUUUACAAUUACAUGGAAAAUAAUAGCCUGGCGCAGGUGUUACUAGGUAGAGAGCAAAACAGGAUCAAACUCGGUUGGGAGGCAAGGCAAGAGAUUUCACUCGGAGUUGCUCGGGGGCUUGCAUAUCUUCACGACGAAGUUAGGCCGCACAUUGUGCACAGGGAUAUUAAAGCUAGCAACAUACUUUUGAAUCAGAAUUUAGUACCGAAAGUUUCGGAUUUCGGUCUUUCGAGAGUUCUGAGGAACGAUGUUUCUCAUAUUAGCACGCAUGUUGCAGGCACAUUAGGCUAUCUCGCCCCGGAAUAUGCCUUCAGCGGACGUUUAACUAGAAAAACAGAUGUUUACAGUUUCGGGGUCCUACUUUUGGAAAUUAUCAGCGGCCAGACAGUUGUCGAUUUCGACUUAGAGCACGGUGAACAUUACCUUGUUCAGAAGGCAUGGGAGCUAUACAGGGCUAACCGGAUCCUGCAUUUGGUGGAUCCUAUACUAGGUAUGAACUACCCCAAAGAAGACGCGGUUCGAUUCAUCAAGGUUGGUCUCCUUUGCGUUCAAGAAACAGCUCGGUUCCGACCAGAGAUGUCGAUGGCCCUGAAAAUGCUGACUAAUGAUGUAGACAUGGAAGGAGUCCAGAUUUCACAACCCGGUCUUGUUGUUGAUCUGAUGAAUAUCAAGCUGGGACAAAAGACAACGUUUCGGAGCCUCUACUCUUCAAAUCUGGAAAGCACCCCAAGCCCCCUUAGUUCAUGUUCCUGACCUUGCAGCCUCUAUUUCAUCGACGACACCGAAACUGUUCAAAUAUAGUCCUGAA